AUGGUUGACGUGGACGCUACGACGCUUGACGCUCUUGUUACUUUCUGCUACACUGGUAAAAUAAAGAUCACCGAGAGCAAUCUCUUAAUAGUCAUAACAGGAGUGGCCAGAAGGACGCUUGCUCGAGGAUUCAUACUCACGCAACCGUAUUCAGCGCAGAAAUACGUAUGUGGCGAGUUCAUGAUGAGGUUAUUGCAUCCAUCGAACUGCUUGGGAAUUCGAGCGUUCGCCGAUACCUAUGCAUGCCAGGAACUUCUUCGCUGCGCUGACAAGUAUAUCUCUCAUAAAUUCAAAGAUGUCGUUCAUGCUGAGGAGUUUCUGCAGCUUUCUGCUGAUCGUUUAAUUGAAGUAAUUUCAUGUGAUAAGCUCCGCGUGCGAUCAGAGAACCAGGUUUUCACAGCUGUGCUUGAAUGGGUGAGGUUUGACCUGGCAGCUCGGAAACAGUUCCUCCCUAGGGUUUUGGAGCACGUACGGCUUUCGUUCUGUCAGCCAGAGUUCCUUGCCGAUACGAUAAGCAAGGACGAGCUAGUGAUGACUAAUGUGACGUGCCGAAAUUUCGUCGAUGAAGCGAAGGCUGGUCGAAAUUACUUACUUCUGCAACUGUUUACACUUGAACGACCAAACGUAGAAGCACCUCGCAUUCGACCGCGCGUACCUUUCAAAUGUAAAAAGGUAUUAUACGUUGGUGAGUCAAUAUGUAGCAGUUUUGAGUUUUCUUACCACACAGUGACUGGAAAGUAUGGUCCGCGAAUUUGUAUAUGA